CGUGUUUCGCUGCCUCGCGCACGCGUCUGCGUGGUUUGAGUGUUGUUAAAAACGCUUGAAACGCGUUUUCGCUCGGUUUUUGACCGCAGUUUAAAACCACAAUGGCGUCGAAGCGAAACCAGGACGAGAGCAGCAAAGCGAACACGAAGAAGAAACACAAGCGGAGCGAGGAGAGAGCACAACUUAGCUCAGUGCUGGAUGACGAGCAGGUGAAGGAGCGCGUGAAGGAGGCGUGGAGCCGCAAGAGCAGCUGCAUUCUGGGGGAUCUGGAGUUGGACUCUCAACCUUUCCCUCACUGCGUCAUCAAGAACUUUCUGGGCAGCGAGGCCUUCGUAGAAAACCUGCAGCGAGAACUUCUGGGGCUCAACUUCCAUGAGAAAUCAAAUGAUCUUUACAAAUUUAAACAGUCAGACGACCUGAAGACGAGGACAGAGCCACACAUCGCAGGACUCAGGACGGCUCUGUUCGGACCGUUCCGCUCCUGGCUUGGUGAAGUGUUGGGGGUGGAGCUGGAACCCACGGUGGAUAUUUCCUGUGCCAAAUAUGAAUCCACAGAUGUUCUGUUGUGUCAUGACGAUGAAUUGGAGGGAAGACGCGUUGCUUUCAUUCUCUAUCUGGUGCCUCAGUGGCAGAGCAGCGAUGGAGGAAACCUGGACCUUUUUACAACAGAUGAUCAUUUCCAGCCACAGACAAUAGUGAAGUCCAUCGUGCCCUCGUGGAACACACUCGCCCUAUUUGAGGUUUCUCCAGUGUCCUUUCACCAGGUGUCAGAGGUUUUGUCACAGGACAGAUGUCGUCUGUCUCUGAGCGGCUGGUUUCAUGGAGCGUCACUGGAGCGUCCUCCUCGACACGUGGAGCUCCCCGUCCUGAGGAGCCCACAUUUACCAAGAGACGAGACUCUGCUGCUGGAGUGGAUCAAUCCACUUUACCUGGACGUUUCCUAUCAAGAGCAGAUUCAGCAGGAGUUUGAGGACAGCUCGGAAAUUCAGCUCAAAGACUUCCUCAGGGAGGACAGGUUCAGAGAAGUGGACGAAGCUCUGAGACUCUCUCACAUUCAGUGGACGAGGAGAGGUCCACCCAACAAGAGAUGUUAUGAAGCAGCUUCUCUGGACGCACUGCCUCACUGUGUCUCCUCCUGCCUGGAGCUGCUGCGCUCAGAAGCUUUCUUCCUCUUACUCUCCAACUUCACUGGCCUUCGACUGCACUUCCUGUGUCCUGCUGAUGAUGAUAAUGAUGAGGAUGAGGAUGAGGAGGAGAAGAAAGAAGAGAAGGAUGACGAUGAAGAAGAUGCAGGAGAUGGAGAAGCCACAGGAUCUGCAACUGAGGCCCAGAGCACAGACAAAGAGCUCAGUUCACCUCUAUGUUGUGGUGAGUUGCGUCGAUGGUCUCAUGGCAGCUACACUCUGUUACAUGAUGCAGAAGCAGCUCGUGCAGAGUUUGCUCUGGAUCUGCUUUUACCUUUUGGCUGUGCAGACUGGCAGUCAGAGUUUGGAGGCUUCACGUGUUAUGUUGCUAAUGAGGAGGAUGAAGAGCUUCUGACCAUGUCUCCAGAGGAUAACUCCCUGGCCCUCGUGUACAGAGACAAAGAGACGCUGAAGUUUGUCAAGCAUGUCAACCACAGAAGUUUGAGCUGCAGAUCCUUUCAUGACUUUUCUUUUGUUUACUUUGAAUAAACACAAACAUUCGUCCAA